AUGUCCUCGGAUAUUACUCUCUAUACCUGGACGACAGGGAACGGCUUUAAAGUCUCCAUCACACUCGAGGAGCUUGGUCUACCCUAUAAGACCGAGGCAAUUAAUAUCAGCACGAAUCGUCAGAAGGAAGAAUGGUUCUUGAAUAUCAAUCCUAACGGCCGCAUUCCGGCCAUCCUCGACGGUGGUCAGCGCGUUUUUGAGAGCGGAGCAAUCAUGACAUACCUGGUGGACAAGUACGACACUGAGCGCAAGAUUAGCUACGCUCCUGGGACACCCGAGCAUGUUGAGCAAACAUGCUGGCUGAUGUUCCAGAUGAGUGGAAUUGGACCAAUGCAAGGCCAAGCUAAUCAUUUCCGUUUCUUUGCUGGCGCGCGCUCUGACUAUGGUAUCAAGCGUUAUAUCGAGGAGACAAAGCGUCUCUACUCGGUGCUUGAGUCACGAUUACAGGAGAGCACCUACCUUGCGGGUGAGAAGUUCACUAUUGCUGAUAUUGCGAGCUAUCCUUGGGUUUCCGGUGCUCCGGUUUCGCUGCAGAUUGAUUUGUCUGAGUUCCCUGCUUUGAACAAGUGGGUUGAGGAGAUUGGGAAGCGUCCUGCGGUGCAGAAAGGUGUAGCUGUUCCGCAUUUCUGGCCGCAGGAGGAUAUGGCUGAGCUGUUCAAGAAGUGUCGCGCGAAUAUUGAUGCCAUGACAAAUUCUGAUCAGCAUUGA